AUGCCUGUCCCCGACAUCGUCCGCCAGAGGCUCCAGCCUCUCUCCGCGCUGCUCACCUCGAACAGAAUCCUCCUCUACACCGUAUUCAGUUCGUGUGCUGUCGUCGGAACAGUAGCAAAUGCCUGCAGGAGUUAUCCCAAUUUCUAUUCCGUCGCUAUCUACCUCUCAAGGAGUAGUCGAAGCGUACUAGUGUUAGCCAACUUUGGUCUCCUUCUCGCCCUGCUCUUUGGUCGCAUCCUCCAGCGCCUGUUCUUUGGUCCAUUGCAGCCUCGUGAGGUCGAGCGGCUCUACGACCAAACAUGGAUAUUUGUGACCGAGUCCUUGCUGGCGUUCACCAUAUUUCGGGAUGACUUUGAUAUUCCCUUUGUGCUAAUGUUUGGGUUUCUGCUCUUCGUAAAAUGCUUCCAUUGGCUCAUGGCAGAUCGUGUGGAGACGAUGGAUCAAACUACCUAUCCGGGCCCUCCUGUGAUUUUCCACAUCCGGAUGAAUAUGUUGUUCUGCCUGCUGUGGGGGAUAAAUAUCGUCAUGUUUUCAUUUGCGGUAGAAAGCACUCUCACGCAUGGAGUGGGCGGUAUGGUACUCUUUGCAAGCGAAUAUGCUAUAUUGAUGGCCAGCGCUCUCAACGCAAUGGCAAGGUAUAUUUUAUCUCUAAUCGAUAUCCGGAGAGCGCGUCAGAGGGGAGGCGAGAAUGCACCCCCAAUGGAGAAUAAGAGCAUGUAUGUGUUCUACAUUGAAUUGGUGACUGACUUUCUCAAAUUGGCCACCUACCUGGUCUUCUUCAUGCUUAUCCUCACCUUCUAUGGAUUACCUCUAAACAUCGUACGAGACGUUUACCUUACUGCUCGCUCGUUCAUCACACGACUACGGGCACUUGUUCGAUAUCGCAACGCCACUCGAGACAUGGACCGCCGCUAUCCCGACGCAAACGAAACGGAUUUAUCAGAAAUGUCCGAUCGGACUUGUAUCAUCUGCCGCGAGGAAAUGGUUUCGCGGAAUCAUCAGCCACUGCCUGGCGCUGCAUCAGCCGAACCGCAGGCGCCUACUCAUCACGAUGGGCCGAAUAUGACCCCGAAGAAAUUGCCCUGCGGUCAUAUUUUCCACUUCCACCGCCGCACCGUGUUAGAAACGGACACUCAGAACCAACCCCAGACACAGGAUCGUCCGGGUGCCCGACCGGCUCCUCCACAACCUGGCGCAGGCCCUCAACCAGGACCGCUUGCUCAAGCCUGGCUUGGUCGUUUCUUUGGUGUUCCCGCACAGCCAGGUGGAUUGCAGGGGCCGCUCGUGCCUGGCCAGUUUCCUCCCGGUGGCCUACCACAGCAGCAGCAACCCCAGCAGCAGGUCCCUAAUGCAGGCUGGGUGCCGGGUCAAGCACCUCCGUUCUACAUCCCUGUACAUUAUCCCCCACAAGGUCAGCAACAACAGCAGCUACCUCAACCGCCUUUUUUCAGAGGCUUCCAUGGUCCGGGAGGUGCCUGGCAGCCGUGGGGUAUGGACCCUCAAUGGUUUGGUCCACCUCAGCCUGGCCAAGCGCCUGCCCAAAAUCCGCCUCAAACGCAACCACCGCCAACACAGGAACCAACCGGGGUCGUUCCCGGUCCAACGCCUACUGUGCCGAGCGAACCUGGUCCCGCACCAGCGCCAACGGCGUCUGCAUCGUCAUCGGCAUCCGAAUUGACGCCCGCGCUAACACCAAGAGAGGCUGCGAUGCAGGCCGCGAUACGGAGACUGGGUUCUUCGCAAUCUACAUCUUCCGCGCGUGAUGGGUCUUCGAGGGGUCCUGCGGCGAUUUCCGCUGGUCAGACAGAAUCUUCGAGGAGCACAGAUCCUAAUACAUCCGCCGCAUCCGAACCGUCUUCGGGUCCUACUUCUACCGAGACGGGACCUCCAUUGACGCAACCAACCCAGACCGGCACCAGGCUGGACGUUCCAUCCCUUGUUCCAUUGUUCGACGUGAGUCCAGCCGGUGCUGCCGCCCGCGCGGCUACCCUUCUUCCACCAUCAUAUGGCUCGCACACUUCACCAUUCUCUCGCAGCCAAGGCCAAAAUGCAUCAAUGGUGUCCCAGGCGCCAUCGGCCCAUAGCUCGCAUCCACAAGCUGGCUCCUCACGCUUCCCACGCACGUCUGCCCCCGUCCAGACACAUCUGCCGCCCACGCUUACUGAUCAGCAACUGGCCCAGUUGGAUCGCUUGACCCGGGAUGCGAUCGACGAACGCCUGCGUGUGUUGGAGGGCGUGUCGAACACUGUGUAUCGUUGUAUCGAGGAGCUCUCACGUGUUCGAAGCGUCCUGCCCACGUCCCCCAGCAUUGGCUCGGCUCCGCCGCAGGGACAGGAACGGUCGGCUGCAAGUACUACAGCAACCACGAAUCUGUCUGGCGUCGCUGGGGGAAGCGCCGCCAGCCCAGCCGCUGUGGAGCCUGUCAACGCUACGUCGCCUACGAUUUCCGGUGGGGACGAGUGGUCAGCUGAAGUGGGCGACGCGAACGCAGGGCGUCAGAACGAGCAGUCUUCGUCUGGCACUGCGUCAUAG